AAAUACGCUGCUUACAAAGCUGAGAGAGUUGGGCCUUGGUGUAUGUGGAGCUCGUAAACAACAGUAGAAGUGCUGUGAGAGAAACUACUCACCAAACGAGCUAACAGCAGCUAAUGAUGGGGGCGGCUAAGCCGAGCCAGAUGUUGGCGUCUGAUGGAACUGGUGGCGUUCACCUCACAGUCUUCUGAGCCAUACUCUGCCUGAGCCCUGAUGUCGGCACAGGAGCUGAUGGACGACAUUGACGCCAUGUUCAGUGACCUGCUGGGGGAGAUGGAUCUCCUCACUCAGAGUCUUGGACAGGAUACAGUCCCUCCUGAAUCUGUCCCCACCAUUAGCAAGGAAGUCAACUUCUCCAUGGACUUCGCUGACCUAAAUGAGUCCCUCCAUGAACUGGAGGACAAUGAUUUGGAUGCACUCAUGGCAGAUUUGGUGGCUGACCUCAAUGCGACUGAAGAGAAACUUCAAGCUGAGAUACAAGGUCUGAAGGUGCCGUCACCGCCCCCGGCAGAUCUGCCUCCACCACCUAUAGGCCUGAACACCCACUCUGUCUCUUCCCAUGCUGCCAUACCGUCAUCAGCGAGCAGUACAAGCAACAGAGUUAGCACCUCGACCUCCUCCGCCACUUCACCUUUACCACCUCCGCCUCCUCAGGCUGCAAAGCCUACAAUGGAGGAAAUCGAGUCACAGAUGAAAGCAGACAAAAUCAAGCUUGCUCUUGAGAAGCUCAAGGAAGCCAAGGUGAAAAAGUUGGUGGUGAAGGUGAUAUUGAAUGACGGCAGCUCCAAAACUCUGAUGGUUGACGAGAGGCAGAGUGUCAGGGAAGUUCUGGACAACCUGUUUGAGAAGACACACUGUGAUUGCAACGUGGACUGGAGCCUGUGCGAGACCUACUCUGAGCUCCAACUUGAACGAACAUUUGAAGACCAUGAGAACCUUGUGGAGCCACUCUCAGCGUGGACGAGGGACAGUGAGAACAAAAUCCUCUUUCAAGAACGGGGAGAAAAAUAUGAGGUUUUCAAAAACCCACAGAACUUUUAUCUGUGGAAGAAGGAUAAGAAGGCUCUCAAAGACAUUAAAGACAAAGACAAGGAGAUAUUAAUACAGGAGAACUUUUGCGGGACUUCGAUCAUAGUGCCCGAUCUUGAAGGGGUGUUGCACCUCAAAGAAGACGGCAAGAAGGCCUGGAAGCAGCGGCUUUUCCAGCUGAGGGCCUCGGGAAUUUAUUAUGUGCCCAAAGGGAAGACCAAGUCAUCCCGUGACCUUAUCUGUUUCGUCCAAUUUGACAAUGUAAAUGUAUACUAUGGCAAAGACUUUAAGAACAAAUACAAGGCCCCGACUGACUUCUGCUUUGUUCUGAAGCAUCCUCAGAUCCAGAAAGAUUCUCAGUACAUCAAGUACCUGUGCUGUGAUGACGCAUGGAGCAUGAAUCUUUGGGUCACUGGAAUACGGAUUGCAAAGUACGGUGCCUUGUUGUAUUCAAACUAUAAAACAUCUGAGAAGAAGGCAGCUGUCAGCGCGGUGUGGACAAACCGCAGCACUCCAUCAAGCUCCAGCUCAUCAACGCCCUCACCCACCAUCAAAGCUAAAUCACAGAGCCAGGCAAACGGGCACGUUCCCAAGCCACAAUCAGGACAGGACUUUGGAAAUGUUCUACCCCCACCACCAUUUGAGGUUCUUCCCCCACCACCUCCAGACCCAUUCCUCCCUCCUCCACCGCCUCCUCUGGCUGCCAAGAGUUGCGCAAAGCGACACCAGCCAACCAACUUCCCCCACCAUCCACAAGCGGUGGACAACCUCCCUCCUCCACCACCAACCCCACCAACUGACGACCUUUCAGAGACCCCACCAGACUUCCUUCCACCCCCUCCUCCAGCCUCUGGUUUUGGUACACUGCCACCCCCUCCUCCACUGCAUGCGAACUCUCUACCACCACCACCUCCUCCAGCUAGUUUUGAGGCUAUGGACCAGUCUUUGCCUCCUCCACCACCAGAUCCAGGGUUUUUGCCACCUCCUCCACCUCAGCCAGUAUUCACUGGGGCUGGAGCACCUCCUCCGCCUCCACCACCUCCUCCACCUGCUGCUGCUGCUCCUGCCCCAAGAGCAGCGGUGCGGCCCACUGGAUCAGUUAGGAAGAUGCCUCCUGCUCCACCAGCGAGGACUACACCCUCAUUGCAAGGAGGAGAUGGAGACUUCAUGUCAGAACUGAUGCUAGCCAUGCAGAAGAAGCGUGGCAAUCAAUAACCUGGGAGCCGAAUUUAAACAACCUUUUUUAAUUUUGCCCAAACAGCUACUCUUUACAUCGUAGUUGAAGCCGGUGGAGGUUAACACAGACUUAAUCUCUUCAAUAAUAUAGGCAUUCAUCAAUCCAAGAUUCAUUGUUUUAUGUACUUGUCUAAGACACAACCAAAUGUAUUCUUUAGACCAAAGAGUUGAACCUAUAAGUUAAACUUGGAUUCAGAGACAAUGGUGACUUUUAUUUACAAAAAAGUAAUGCUCUCAAGACUUUUAUAGAAUUGUAUAUAUUGUCAAAUGUUUGCAUGGAGGGCUGUAAAUACUGUUAAAUACAUACCCAGUUAGUACUGUCACCUAAAUAAUAGCUCCCAAGUACAUAGGUAAAAAGUCUUGGUGGCAUAAAAAAAUGUAUGAAUAACAUAACAUAAUUUGAUUGAAUUAGUAGUCUUCUUCCUAUAAUCAGACAAAACCUGCUGCCAGUAGAUGUUUAAAACAUAUGGUAUAUGGCAUACUGUACAUAAAUCUAAAGCAGCAACUCUGGAUUAAAGUUCAAUUUAAUUCCCCAGAGACACAAAGAAAUACAGAAUAAUGAACAAUCACUGGACCGGCUCUGGUGUGUGCCUACUGAACUGUAUGUAAAUAGGGUGAAAUGUUGUGUAUAUUGAAAAAAAAUGACAAGACAUCUUCCAAAUCAGAAUCUUUGUGUUUAUUCCAGCAGCAAUCUAAAAUUAAAAGAUGCUUAACUCAUGAGUAACUGUUGAAGAACAGCUGAGUUUGAACCUCUUAGCCCACAGUGGCGGUCUUGCUGCAUAGCCCCUCCUCUGCAGUUUCUUGUGUAACAAAGGGGGAAGAGAGGAUAUGGUAGAGCAGCCUCACCUAGUGGCAGAAACAUGUCACAGCUUGUCACAGAUAAGUAAAGCAACAUUACUCUGGUUUUGGAAACUGGCAUUUAUAUGUUUUAUAGCAGUUAUUUACCAGAUAAUGUACAUACCUCAGAAAACCCAUUCAUUUCGGCUUUCCUUAUGGCAGACUCGGCCAUCAGCACAUAUUUACAUGUGUGAGAUGCAAUCAGUGUUUCUCUCAAGUCUCCAUGUUACAUACAUUUGUAAAAGUAAAUUCCUUUUUAUUUAUUUCACAAUCUUAAUAUCAAAUAUUUACACCUUUCACAGUUGAAUCAACAUUAAUAAGUACUGUACAGACUUACUUUUCAUCCUGUUUUGACGAUCCAAAUCGGUGUUAUUUUCUUAUCUGAACAAGAAGAAAAUGAACAUUUCAGAAAACCCCUGGCUACCAAACCAGCGGUACAGUCAACAUUACAUCUUUUUGCUCACACACUGGGCCGGUUGAGGUACAUACGGGGCCAAUCAGAGAAGUGUUUGUGCAAUGACAAGUUAUCAAGAGCCCACAUCUAAUACACACAUGAAAAGCAUUAAAACAUGCGUGUGUCCUCAUCUGUGGAGACACAGAAAUGAUACAAUAUGUGCACAUUCGAUAAAGACUGAGUUUAAACUGAUUUACUAGACAGAGAUGAACACUGUGUCUUGUAAAUAUUAACUAUGGUGUAAUUCAAAAUACAGCAUGUGUCUGCUUUACACCAAAGGAGAUGUUUUUAUAUUUGCACUGAAAAAAAAAGUUUUUGCAUUGAAGCAAACUUAGUAGCGUUUAUGUUUAGUUUGUGUUUCAUUUAUUGUCUAUAAUCCAUCUUUACCUGAUGGCCGCCAUGCAGGAAAUCAUCAGAUUGUGUUAGAGCUACAUGUAAAUCUAAACUUCCCUCGAUAACAUCAUGUUGAAACUACUGUAAAAAAAAAUUGUUGUCGAAUUUAUAGUGGCAUUUGUGAUGCUGCUGACGACACUGCAGCAUCACCUUAGACGGGCCUUUUAAGUGGAGUUGGAAGGGAUCUGGAGAAUAUGCAGUUUUUCACAGUACCGAGCUCAUCGAUUGAGAAUGCUUCUGCAGAGAGGAUCGAUUGGUGACUAAUAAAAAG